UUCGGGUCGACUCGGGGAAGGAGGAUAAGGAUGACGAGUAUCGGGUUUGCAGUGGGAGUUUGGAUGGGGAGGUCAAAAUCUGGCGGGUCCGGAUUUCGGCUACUAAAGAAUCCGACCCGAUGUAAAGAAUAUAAAAACAAAUUGGAACAAAAUCCUCACCCCAUUAGGCUUUGGAAUCCGAAUCCAACUAGGAAAAGUCCGAAUCUGAUUCGGACUAUGUAGUAAAUCUUCUGUAUAUGUUACCGCCCUUGUCGUCGUUCAUGCAAACGACUUCUCGCUCGUUCUUCUUGCUUCUCCCGACGAGUCUUUGCUGAAGCCACAGCUCAGAUCAAAGCCUUCGCCCAGAGACUUGGGUUUUCUGUCGCCAUGGAUUCCGGAGAGCACCGCGAGAACCCGCCCCCCUGCGCCAGAGGCUGCGGCUUCGUCGGCAGCCCCGCGACGCGGGGCCUGUGCUCUUGGUGCUACCGAGACAUCUGCCUAAUGGAGCAGCUCGAGAAGAUGCGGCCGCCUUUGGCCGCUGCGGAGUCCGACGCCGGGAGUCGGAAGGUCGCGGCCGCGCAGUCCUCCUCCUACCGGGACGAGGAGCCCCCGAAGGCGGCGGACCGGUGCGGGCGGUGCAAGAAGAAGGUGAGGCUGUGCGCGAGGUUCGAGUGCCGGUGCGGGAGCACGUUCUGCGCGGCGCACCGCCUCCCGGAGACGCACGAGUGCGCGUUCGACUACAAGGCGCACGGCCGCGCGGCGAUCGCCAAGGCCAACCCCGUCGUCGUGAAAGACAAGCUGCGGAGGAUCUGAAGAAGACGCAAGAAUAUUAAUGGCGUCAAUUAGAUUAAUCGAAGCAAUGGAUGAUGAUGAUU